UUUUCCUUAGGAGGAACCCCAGGUCCUCGUCAUCAUGACCGCGCUCCGAAGGAGGGGUCGCGCGCACAGACGCGCUCCUGCAGAACUAGAUGAGCGAGUUCACGCGUAACGUACAGUGAUUUAAAAGCCAUUUAUUCGCACUGUACACGCACAGAAACGGGAUGACACCGGCUUUAUUCGUUUAACCUGCUCUACUAAGCCAUUUCAAGAUGUUUGGGUGUGUGUACAUCAUGUGAAACAGGUCAGUCAGGUGCGUGGAAAUGCCCAGACCAUUUCGCACGACCCCUGACCCCUCGUGCUUGACCUCGUGACCCCAACGACAUCAGGAAUGGACGUCCACAUGCACAACAGCCGGACGCUGCACUACGGCCUGAAUGACUGCGCUGAGGAUGAUCUGCAGUUCCUCAGUUUGGAGGAGAGGGAGUGUAUCCAGUUCUUCGAGGAGACCAUCGACUCUCUGGAGGAGAAAGAGCGGCCGGAGCGAAGAGGAAGAGGAAACGGAAACGGUAGAGCAAGUGGAGCAGAGUGGCAGGUGGAGAAGCAGGAGACGCGCGCUUCAGCACAGCACAGUCCUGCAGAUCAGGACAUCAUCGAUCUGGUCCACCCGACAGAGCACACACACAGACCCACAAACACACUGACAGAUCUCCGAGAGCUGGUUUCUCCUGCAGAGACUCAUGUGAAGGCCAGACGAGACUCCAACACAUCAGACAACCAGCGCAGGAGCAGUCUAGAGCUCCCACAAUCCCACAAACACGGCCCUCCGACCCACGCCAAGCCCACACGCCUCCCCGAGAGCAUCAGCCUCCUGCUGGGCAGCCGCGAAAACAUCCCGCACUCCAUCGCAGCCGAAGCUGUGAGCGUGCAGGAGCGCCGCGCGCUAAUGCUAGCAAACCUCAGCGGAUCAGCUCACCCUCUGGAUGGUGGAGAACCAGCGUGUGUGCGAAACCUGCCCAUGCGCAGCGUAUCAUUUUGCGACCCAACGCCAGAUAAAUCCAGAAUGGAGGCGCUUUCAAAACUCGGACUCGCUCAGAGACGAACGCAAUCCGUCGUGCACACAAAAGAAGAAACCAAUGCUAAACCUGCAGUGAUGAGCACUGAAACCAGAUUCAACCCCAAAUCUGACGUGCACUCAUCUCUAAAAGAAGAAUCCAGUGCAAAACCAGCAAUGAUGAGCACUGAAGCCAGAUUCAACGCCAAAUCUGACACUCAUUCUUCACCAAGAGAUGCAGAAAUCAAAGCUAAACCUGCUACGAGGAGCGAAAGCAUGGAGAAAGCAUUUAGAUUUAACCACAAAUCUGAAGUCCACUCUUCUCCAGUUGAAGAAAUCAGAGCUAGACCUGCUACAAGGAGUGACAGCAUUGAAAACUCAUUCAGACACAACCCUAAAUACGAAAUACACUCCUCUCCAGUUGAAGAAAUCAAAGCUAAACCUGCUACGAGGAGCGAUAGCAUCGAGAAAGCAUUCAGAUUUAACCACAAAUCUGAAGUUCACUCUUCUCCAGUUGAAGAAAUCAAAGCUAAACCUGCGACAAGACGCGACAGCAUCGAAAACUCAUACAGAUACAACUCUAAAUCUGACAUUCACUCCUCUCCACUUGAAGAAAUCAAAGUUAAACCUGCGGCAAGAAGCGACAGCAUUGAAAACACAUACAGAUACAACCCUAAAUCCAUCAUACACUCUUCCCAAAGUGAAGAAACCAAAGCUAAACCUCAAAUAAGACGCAACAGCACUGAAAACACCACUCUCAGAUCUGACCAAGACACUACAGAUCAUCCCAAAUCUCCAAUGCUCACCAGCGCUGAAGUCACUCAAAGCGGCUUCAACAGCUUCGGUGGAAAGAGCAUCACUCUGAACCCUACGGCCUCCUUCAGAAAUGAGUCCCCGUCCAUCCCGGCGGCCAAAACAGAAGCACCGGAGGUCCAUCUGAACAGCUUCGGCGGCAGAUCCAGAGUCGUGAGCUUAUCCGAACACACCCGACCCAAAACCUUCAACUCUACAACUGAUGACAAGAGCUCCAACUCAGAGCCAUCCUGGAGGAAGCAGGCGCCCACUCCUGCUCCGAGACCCCAAAGAGCGCAGCCUACAAGUGGCCCACGGCCUCCAGCAUCCCCAGAGCACCGCCGCAAGUCUCUGCCCAAACAGUCCUUCCGCACUCAGGGAAUUACGGUGCAGUUUUCAGGACGCGGAGCCACCGAUGAGGCCCGCCGGGACGCUCUGCGCAAACUGGGACUGCUAAGAGACACGUCCUAACACUCAAGUGUAUGUCAGCAUUGCAGCACAGCCUGUAAAAGUACGCUGCAUUCAGAAAGAUCCCUGGCAUUUACUACCUUUUUUAAGCUUAAUUAGCAGGGCUCUCAUUUAUAAACGUGAUGUACAAACAAAACACCACUUCCCAUGCAAACAAACAACUCGAUGGCAGAAUGCAAGGUUUUUAAGACAACUAAUAUACAUCUAAACAUAGACUUCUUGGAUAAAACAAGGAUAAAUUUGUAAGUAAAGAUCUAAUAGACGUAUAACAAUAGUCUAAAACUAACUUUAAGGCGUACAAACGAGCAACUAAAGACUGGUUAUGUGGUCUAGGCUCGUAUACUAAAAGCAGUUUGACAGAGUAGAACAGAUUCUAGAAUCCUCAUUCUAUGAUGUCAUAGGAUGAAUAAGUUCCACUUAAUUCACUGCCUGUUUAGAACUGUUAAUCAUAUUACAGCUCAAAGCCAAUCAGAGCAGUGGGCGUUUACUAUUGAGUCUACAAUUGGCCACGCCUAUUCAGUGUUCUGAUGAGUCAGAAACAGCUCAGACAAUAAUGAUAAAUGCUACUAUGUUUGAUGAUGAUCUUCACACCGUUAUAAGCGCACCUCAGAGAACUGUGCAUUACUAAACAAUGAGAUAGUUCAUGACCCCUUUAAGAGCUACAAAAAUACAGUUGUGGAUAU